AUGUCGUGCCCUUCUUCUUCUUCUUCUUCUUCUUCUUCUGCUGCUGCUGCUGCACCAAAUCCCUCCCUGCGUCAGCAAAAGAGCGCAGGAGCGGAUUCCAUCUAUGAGGAGGAACCCUUGACCCCUCAGUACCCUUCGUCUGUAGCCACAGCAGCAUCUACACCAGGUUCGACAACAGCAGCAGCAGCAGCAGCAGCAACAAAAGUAAAGGGAGAAAAAGUAUCCAAGUCAGCUAAUACUCCUCACCAUUCAAGUAACCCCUCCAAGAAUGCAGCAGCAGCAGCAGCAGCACGAGAAGGAGUUACCCCCGGUGUGCAGCCGGCACGCAACAAUUCUAAUACAUCCUCAGGCUCAUCAUACACCCCAAAGCAGCAAAGAUCAAGUCUGCUGCAGCAGGCGCUGCUGACGUUAGGGUUUGACUCGGAUAGAGUACAUUCCUUUGGUGGUGUUGCUGCCUUCAGCAGCAACAGCAGCAGCAGAGCAGCAAAAGAAGCUCUUGCUGCAGAAGCAGCACAGAAGAAACCCUUAACAGGACAGCCAAGGGUACCUAUGGGUCAGCAGCACCAGCAACAGCAACAUCAGCAGCAACAGCAGUACCCACAGCAGCAACAGCAGCAGCAGCAGCAGCAACGGCAGCAGCACCAGAGGCAGCAGGAGGACCCCCAUAGAUCGCAAAUCGCUGGCAGCUGGACACAGAAGGAUAAGCCACGGCUGCUGUGGUUCGUGCUGCUGGGGGCCCUAAGUCUUGUAUUCAUGGGUGCUGUAUGUUGGGCCCUGUCUCAGUCCUCAACUCCUCCUCCUGCUGCAUCGCAGCAGCUGCUGCUGUCGCUGCAGCAAGCAGAAGAAGACGGACUCCUUGGAGGAGGACCCAGCAGUCUAGCUACCUCGGUGCGGCGGUACCUACUGCAGCAGCAGCAGCAGCAGCACCAUCAGCUACAGCAUGCCUGGAUCACCAGGCAAAAACAGCUGCAACAAAAAGAAAAGCUAACGCUGUCUCAGGCAGCCGAAGCAGCAGCAACAGCAGCUGCAGCAGCUGCUGCUGCAACUCUAGGAUCCAACAGCAGCUACAUGACGAACCUCGUCAUCAAUGCUACCAACGAAUAUCUUACUAUAAGAAAGGGGACACAGCAGCAGCAGCAAGCAUAUAAUCAGCUGCUGCUGCACAUGAAGGAGCAUCAACAGCAACAACAGCUCAAAUCCCUGCUGCAGCAGCAGCAGCGGGAAAUAACACUCCCGCGCCAGCCCACCCCUGGUGCUGCGCAGCAGCAGACAGCAUCCCAGAGGAGACUUGCUGCUGCAAUACCAGACGAAACAGCAGGGGCAGCAGCAACAGCAGCAGGUGCACAGCAAACAACAGCUGUAGAAACAGCAGCAACACCACCAACCACGGCAGUGACCGAAGACACUGCAGCAGCAGCAGCAACUGCUGCAGCAAAUGCCCCACAGUCUUUUGCAACUCAGGCGGAAGAACAGGUCACGACACAAACAAGGGAAGCUGAAUCUCCCUCCAGUACGCAGCAGCAGCAGCAGCAGCAACAGCAGCAUCAGCCACAGCAACAGCAGGUGCAGCAGGAUCAGCAUCGGCAACAGCAGGUGCAGAAGGAUCAGCAUCAGCAAGAUCAGGAUUCUACAACCCAACGGCAGUCCGCACAAAAUGAUCAGGAGCUGCCGCAGCAGGAGGACCGUCGAGAGCCGAAUCGUGAGCUGCAGCAACAGGUGCAGCAGGAGCAGCAGCCGCAGCAGCAGCAGGAGUUGCAACAGCAACCGAAAGAAAUUGAUUUCAAUUACCCUUCGUCAUCUGAAGAUACACCAGAGGGACGCAACGAGCAGCAGCAGCCGCAUCAGGAGUCUCAACAAGGGCAGCAGCCUAACGAACCAGCGCAACAGGAGCAGCAAGAGCAGCAGCAGCAGCAAAGGCGCUCCAUUCGGGAGGCGCUGAUGCUAGGAGAGCUACCGGGGUCCAUGCAGCAGCACAUGGGGAACAGCAGCAGCAGCAGCAGCAGCAAUGAGGAUAUCAGCACUAACACCACCAGUAGUGGAAUCACCGCCAACCACGAUGGCGCAGACACACGCCCCAGCAGCAGCAGCAGCAGCAGCAACAGCAGCAGCAGCAGCAACAACAAGACCCUGGCUGAGGUGUCUCAGCUGAUGACGGAAGCUAUGGGAUGGAAGCGGAGGGCCUCCGAGUCCCUCAUAGGCGUGCUGGUGAAGGCCGAGCAACAGCUGCAGCAGCAGCUGGUGUCUCUUAUGUCUAUGCUAGAAGCAAGCAAGGCAGAAGAUGAACAAUGGGCACAACAACAGCAGCAGCAGCAGCAGGGACGAAAGAGGCAUCUGCAGCAACAGCAGGAACAGCAGCAGCAGCAACAGCCGCAGGAACGGUCCGUGCUGCGCAGCACCAGCAGCCAAGGAAUCCAAAACGCACAGCAGCAGCAGCAACACCAAGGCCAGCAGGAACAAGAACAGCAGCAGCCACCAACAACUCAGGGACAGCAGCAGGAGGACAAUCAGCAAACGAUGCAGCAGCAGGAAGAACAGGAGCAAGAGCAGCAAAUGCUUGCUGAAAGGCAGCAAAGGAUAAUGCUGCUGCAGGCAGAGCAUCAUGCUGUUGCUUCUGCUGCUGCUGUUGUUCGUGCUGUGCUGCAGCAAGCACAGAAGGUAGCAGCAAAAUCGCUGCAGCUGUAUGCAGUAGAGAGGAAACUAUGGGAGCUGCAGCGUGCUGCUGCAGAGAAGCAACUGCAUGCUAUUGAUGCUGCUCCCUCCCCAGCAGCAACAGCAGCAGCACAGACAGAAGCAGUAGGGACAUGGACUUUCUCUGCUACAGGAGAGGCUGCUGCUGCACAUAACGACAGAUUCCCUCUUUCUUUUGCUGCACUGCGCAUGCAGCCCCAAGGGGAGGCGUUAAUUGAGGCAUUCAAGGAAAGAAGCGGAGAUAAAGAAAUUCUUGUUGCUGACUUGGCUCUUAUGUGUAAGACAGCGCAGCAGCAGCAGCUAAUACCUCCCUUCUUUGCUGAUCUGCUGCAGCACUUCCCUCUUAUGUCCCUCUGA